CAAAAGCGAACAGAAAUAUUCGCAGCGAUUUUUUAUGAGCGACCAAAGCGUCUUUGCAGCGCACACUCGGCAACAGGAAUUGCUUUACGACAGUGUCACUCAUUCAGAAAACAGGAAGUGCUUUACAGCAGUGUGGCACAUAUUCUACCGGGUAACCCAUGGAAACAGAUACGUAACAUGGAGUUUUGUUUGUACGCGUGGGGAGCCAACAGCUACGGACAGCUGGGAAGGGGCGACGCGGAGGACCUGUCUGAUCCUCGGCGGCUGGGUCCGGGUGCUAUGCCCUCCGUGCCGCUCCGGGUCCUGCGGGGAGGAGGCGGCCACACGGUGGCUAUCACAGAGGAUGGGGAGGUGUGGUCGUGUGGGCAGAACCACAGGGGGCAGCUGGGGCUGGGCCACACGACAGACGUCUCCACUCUCCACCCCGGCCCCGCCCUCAAGCAGAGGGUCGUCAACGUGUCCUGUGGUUGGGAUUUUACCCUUUUUCUAACCGAUUGUGGCCAGGUCCUGACAUGUGGAUCCAACGCUUUUGGGCAACUGGGUGUGGCCAAAACAAGCACCCACUCUGCAGAGCCAGUUCGCGUUGAGAGCCUUGGCGAGCCGGUGGUCAGUGUGGCAGCAGGACUUCGACAUGCACUCGCUGUCACCGACAGCGGCUGUGUGUACCAGUGGGGGUUAGGUCUGUUGACCCACGCCAGGAGAGCAGUAGGCCCAAACUCGGUCCCGCUGCACUUUAACUCCCAGGUGCCCGUGCGUGUACCGGGUUUGGAUCAUGUGACCGCACGUACAGUAGCUGCUGGAUCUGCCCACUGCGUUUGCCUUACAGGUGGAGGUGAUGUGUUUCUGUGGGGCAGUAAUAAAUAUGGACAGCUAACUACAAACGACUGCUUUUCAACCUAUCCUGCUCUUCUCAACCGCUCACUAUUGGACGGAGAGGGUGCCACUCACGUGUGGAGCGGCUGGACUCACCUUGUGGCCAAAACAGAGAGUGGAAAAGUGUUCACAUGGGGAAGAGGGAAUUAUGGACAGCUUGGAAGAACAGAACCAACCAAUCACAGUGCAGUACUGCAGUCAGAUGACUCUCCAGUAGUAGAGGACGUCAAGGAGGUCUCGUUUCCUGGGAAGGUCGACGCCCUUUAUGGGGCCGAACAGAUUGCUUGUGGGUCUGAGCACAAUCUGGCCAUUGUAGGGAACCGUCUCUUCUGCUGGGGCUGGAACGAACACGGGAUGUGUGGCGACGGCUCACAGACGGAUCUCCCCCGGCCGCAGCCCGUCUCCGCUCUCAGGCCCGUUGUGAUUGGCUGUGGAGCGGGCCACUCUUUGGCCCUGUGCGCGGUGGAACGGUGAUGGCCGCGAUAAUCUGAAGCUGGCCGUGUGCGAUUAUCGAACAUGGAGCCCAUCAGAGAGACGUUGAUGGCACAAAACAAACGACUCCAAAGUAACUAUGCAAUACUGUGCUCGAUAAGGUUGACCUGCUGCAAAGGCCUUUUUGUGUGGGAAGUCUCACACACCAUAAACACUCACUGGUUCAGCUGGAGGGGGCAUUAUGUGAGGUGUGGAAUGGACCAUUAUGUCCCUUAUAUCAUCCUUUCAGUUUGAUGGACGUGAUGGGAGAGGGCGGCUUUGGCCGUUCAUAUGCCCCCCCCCACACCCCUUCUCAUUGUUGGCCUGCCAUAUUCAUCUUCUCCAAUUGAGCAGGGCAGUUAUGAACGGUUGGGGGGGAGGUUGAGCAGAGGUGGGAGAGGGUCCAUGUCGCGAUGUCACAGGCUUUAUUGCGGUGAUCUUCAGUGUCAACCGGCACUCAAUCUAGUGGUGGUCCACCCUCUGUACUGGGACUCUCAUGGCCAUGGUGAUUUACUGCCAAUGUAUAGACCCACUGUAGUCGCUGUGCUUUCUCUGGGCCUGCCAGCUGUCAUUAGCCCUCGUCACAUUUGAUGGAUAUGAUGACUGUCAGUCGAAAGGCCCUCCAUCAUAUGGAGUGGUUUAUGUUUGUAGUAAACAUUUUAUCUUGCAUGUCUUGCAUUUUUACAUGUGCAAUAUUGUUGAAAGCAUUUUCACCAUCAAGUUCAAUGUCAAAUUUAUGAAAAUGCCAAUUUAUUAUUUGCUUCCCGGAGUGGUUCAAGAGAGUUAAGUCAACACUUGUUGAAAAAGGAUGACGUCGGUGUAGUUUUUAUUUUUCACUAUUUAUUGUACAAGCCUGAAUUUCCAUUGGUCAGAAAAAGUCACAAGAGAAACCCUUAAACAACAAACUGAUUGAAACGAGCACUUAAUCACCACCUUAACUAACUUCAAAAAGCACGGUGCUCUGGAAACAAACAGUCUGACGUUCCUCUAAACGGCACACAUUAGUCAGCCACCGCUAGAGAGAUCAACCUCAUCAAUGACCCGUUGCCACGGUUUUUCUCCUUGUCCUCCGCAAUAUUGGUCGGUUACCAGCUCCCUCCCUGCACUGGCUCUCAGUGGCACGCCCACAUAUGUGAUUCCUGUUUGCAUACUGAUCUUAUUCUGGGAUGUUGGCAGUGUGUUGCAGUGGUUUGAUUCGAAAUGUUGGUCCAUGACCAAUCGAGUAGCUCUUUCAACGGCACGAGCUACGAGUUAGCUUACAGUGUGUGUGUGUGUCGGUGUUGAUAUGUCCUUUGGAUAUUGAAGGCCAAUCGGGGUCUCCGUGUAGGCCUGUUCGCCCUUUGGGUAGGCCAUUUGUAGUGGUUCAGCGAUGAUAUGAGUGAAUGGUUUAUAAAUCAGUACAUAUUUAAAAAAAUCUUCAGUUAGUCGUGUUUUUCAAGCGGAAGGGUUUUGAAAAACAGAGGCACUUCUCCAAUGUAUUUAUAUUCUGCAAUUGUUUUUGUUGUUGAUCAAAUGGGAGUGCAUAAAGAGCAAAACAGGCCAAUUUCACACGAUUGUCGGUUAAAAAAAGGUUAUGUAUAAUAAUUACAAUGGCAGUAACUGUUAUUGUCGUCUGAAAUAGACAAGAAUGUUAAAAUGUCAACAUCUAAUCAUGUUGAAUGUAUAUUUGCUAAACAAACAGCAUAUUAGGUCAUGUAAGAAUACCAAUAUUAAAAUCACUCCAUUUUACUGCCUCACAAA